AUGACCACAAACAUUGUGCUCGAGACCACAAUGGGCUCGCUCACUCUUGAGCUCUACACCACCCACGCUCCCAAAACAUGCAACAACUUCACCACUCUCGUCCGUCGCGGCUACUACGAUAACACCAUCUUCCACCGCAUUAUCCCCAACUUCAUGGUCCAGGGCGGCGAUCCUACAGGGACCGGCCGCGGCGGAAGUUCUAUCUUUGGCGAAAAGUUCGAGGACGAGAUUGACCCGGGUCUGAAGCACACAGGCGCUGGUAUCCUGAGCAUGGCCAACGCAGGCCCCAACACGAACGGAUCGCAGUUUUUUGUCACACUUGCGCCUACGCCGUGGCUCGAUGGGAAGCAUACUAUCUUUGGCAGGGUCAAGUCUGGCAUGGGCACUGUGAAGAGGAUGGGUAUGGUCAAGACUGCAUCGGAGGAUAGGCCUGUCGAGGAUGUCAAGAUUGUCAAGGCCCGCGUCGCAGAGGAGGAAGAGCAGAUCUAA